AUGCCUCAACCUUCACCUGUACCUGCCAAGCCAGAGACGCAGGCCGCACCUGCAACUCCAAAGGCAGAACCCAAAACUGCCCCCACAAAGGCAGAAGAGAAACCUGGAGCCACAAAACCACAGCCUGUACCUGCCCCUAUCGAGGCAGUACCAACAGUUCCAACCCCAAAAGCAAAGACAGAACCUACAUCUGUCAAGAUGGAAGCUGUUGCUACAGCAGCUUCCACACAAAUUGAACCUGAGACAACGCCUGCACCCAAAAUAGCAAAGGUUUCACCUGUUACUGCAGAAAAACAGCCUUUAGCGACACCAACAGCAGAACCCUUUACACCUCCCAUGGCCCCUGUGCAACAGCCAGAGGUAACACCAAAGGUUGAAGUGCCAAACACAGAUAUUCCCAAGACUGUAACUGUGGAAAAGAAAGAAGAGGCAGUGGAAAUGGAUAUCAGUGUGGCAGAACUUCCCAAAGCUCAAGAGUCUAAACAUGAUCUUCCAGAAGUCAAAGUUGACGCAAGUGCAGUUAUGGCUUCCGCUACUCCGAUGACUGCAGCUACAACUGUACCUACAGAAACUACUGCUGCAGAGGCUGUGUCUGGAGUUGUUCCAGAGACUGAAACAAAAGCCCAGGUGUCUGUUCCAGAGAGGAUUAUUAAGGAGGUACAGCCUGAUGAUGAUAUCAAACUAACAAAGCCAGCAGAAUCUUUGCAACAAGUUGAGGUGCAACCAACAACGCAAGAACAGCAGCUCACAUUAGAAGUGAAACCUGUCAGAGAACCUGAAAGCAAGGAAAUCGCUGAUAAGUUGGAGGAAAAGAUCACUGACAUCACCUCGGCUCCAGAGUCAAAACCAGUACCUACGAAGAGCAUAAUUAUAAAAGAUCAAGAUGAAAACAAAGAAGAGUCAGAGAAAAAUAGGAAGGUGUCUCUACCUGCUGGGCAAGUUCAACUGGAAAACAAAGUUGUUCCUGUAACAGCUAUUAAGCCUACAUCCAAAGAGGAGCAUGAAGAAGAUCAGCCCCAGAUUUUACCUAUAGUACAGGAAUUUGAUGAUGGGCAGGCGGUUAGUGAUGCAAGCAAAGAUAACAUCAGCACAGAUUUAUCAGUACCAGUGAAGGAGGAGGUUAAAGCUGAGAGAAGGCGCCUCAGUUUCCAGCCAAUGGAUGAGAGCAGUGGAAGUGAACUCACACCUUCACCAUCCCCUAAAGUCCAGAGGAGGAGGCUAAAGGUGAGCCCUGUUUCAUCCAGCAGUGAGGACAUCAAAACUGAAAGCGCCGACUCUUCUAUUGAAGAUGAAGAGUUCAUUCGCAAGCAGAUAAUGGGUAUGGGUGAUGAAGAAGAAAUGUCUGUAUCAGACGAGGAGAAAGAGAAGAAUUCAGCAAAUCUACAGGCUGUCAAGGAGGUUGAGAUUGACAAUGCCUCAGUGACAGCCACAUCACUGCCUCGAAAAGGUAGCACAGAUAAUGAAGAUAGUCCAGCCAGGAAAAAAUCUCUCCCAAAGACUGACACUGCAACUGCUGAAAGUGUUCCUGAAACAAUGCCCAGGACUACUUUCAAGAAGGCUACUCCAGUCAUGAGACAGAGACAAAGCACUGAUGAAGAGGUAGAGAGCAUCACAGAAUCCCUAUCAAAGGGCUCGUCUAGUGUUCAGGCAUCUAGCUUUACUCCAGGAUCUUCACCUACAUCAGCCUCAUCACUAGAGGAGGACAGUGACAGCAGUCCCAUUCACAAGAAAGUCACUGGCGACAAACACCACCGUAAAGGUAAACACAGGCAGCCAACUCAGCCUCUUCCCACCAUUGAAGACUCCUCCGAGGAAGAACAGAUGAGGGCCCAUGGCCAACCACUGUCUCCACCUGGAGAUGCUUCCUCCACAGAGGAUCUGAGACAAGUCACUGUAAUAGAUGAAAGCCACAGAACAUCUGGCUCCGAGUACUCUGCAAGUAUUGAAUCAGAACCAGAGGUUAGGCGAGCUGUGCAGAGGGGACGAAAACCCUCACCAACAGUCAUACCAUACACUCCUGAUCCAUUUGACGAGAAACAAACUGUGACAAAAUCAUUGAAGAGUGCUGAAGAAGCAUAUGAGGAAAUAAUUCAGAAGACAAAAGCUAUUCCAGGAGAAAGUCCUCCUGAUAUUGAGCCACUUUAUGGGGGAAUGGCAAUAGAAGAUUAUCUUUAUGAAUCUUUAGUUGAAGAACCUGAAAUUAAGAUGAGUGAAUUCCAAGAGGAAGAACCCAAAAUAGAUAGUGGCUCUGAAUCUCUCAAAAAGCUCAGAUCUCCAGAGGAGGUUUAUGAGGAGAUGAUGCAGAAAAAGCGAGAGCUGAUGAUGAUAGAGCAUGAAUUUCAACAGGCCCAGACUGCCAUGGAAUCGUCCUCAUCAGGGGCUUCAGUCACAGGGACUCCCAUUAUUGCUGAGACCUGUGUGGUGACCAUACCAGCAGAAGAGACAUAUCUCACUGGACAAAUUGAUACACCUCCUGCAGACACUGAAACUUUGACUGAGAUGCCGGCAAAGAAAAAGAAACGACCAGCCCCUCCACGUCCUUCCGAACCCCCUAAGCGUCCCGAGUUUGCUGUUGUUCCCAGUACUCCAAGUGGAUCUAUAGGUUUUGUUAGGCCUAUGGUUCCUAUGGAUCCUGCACUCAGAAAAGCAUUGUUCCCCAUACCGGACCUCAAGAUUACCCAGUGUUCAUCUGGGGAGGAAGAGGAUGACAGUCUUGCAGAUGAGUAUGGAAUUGGCAUUUCCUCUGACAUUACCCCCAGUGAUGACUCUGAGACUAAAGACGAUCAGUCCAUAAGUCCACCGUUGUCUGAACCUACUGAGAUGGAACCUAUCCUUGUGGUUUGUGAAAUCCCAGAGCCAAAACCAAUUCCAACUCCAAUUUCUGCCCCCGAGCUAACCACUACACCUUCCCCUGUAUCACCAAUGUCACCGCCAACUUCACCAGCCACUCCAGAUUCCAGUUUGGCUUCAAAUGCUACGUCUUCAUCGUCAUUCCAGGCUCAAACACCUAUUUCAUCAGAUUCAACUCCACUGUCUACACCAACACCUCCAACUUCAUUUAAAGCCCAGUCACCUCCAGAGAUCCAGUUGCCAGCCACAACUGCAGGACUCAAGUCCAAGCCCAACCCAAAGUGGUACACUCAGUCCCUGUACAAUCAGCUCUCCCAUCAAUGA